AUGAUCGGCUUCCUUUUACUCCCCCUGCUGGUCAGUUCAGUCACUGGGUCCCCGCACCAAACCAAAUGUCGUUGUCGACCCAGUGACAACUGCUGGCCAACCUCCAAGGAAUGGGCCGGACUGAAUCAGACCCUUCAUGGAAACUUGGCUGCAGUCCGACCCGCCGCUUCAGUAUGUCACUCGCCGGACUAUGACGCGCAAGCAUGUCAAAUGGUCAAGACUUCGUGGUCCAACUCCGCCUGGCGCUCCUCCCAGCCCGGUGCCACGCAGUGGGAGAACUGGGAAGCAUGGCCGGAGCGAGACCAGUCGUGUUAUAUCGAGUCUGCGCAGGAUACGGUCUGUCAGCAAGGCCGAAUUUCGCUAUACUCUGCCAACGUGCAAACUGCCGCUGAUGUCCAGCAUGCGGUCCGUUUCGCCGGUCGCCACAACCUUCGUUUGGUCAUUAAAAACACCGGGCACGACUUUCUCGGACGCUCGUCGGCGCCCGAAUCGCUCCAAAUUCUGACGCACAGCAUGAAAGAAAUCGAGGUAUUGGACAACUUCAUCCCCAGAGGCGGAAGAAGAGGCGAAGGGCCAGCCAUGACGAUCGGUGCUGGCGUGCAGCUCCCGGAAAUGUACGUUGCGGCUGCAAAAUACCAUCGGACCGUGAUGGCUGGAUCAGCCCAUACGGUCGGUGGAGCCGGGGGUUACAUUCAGGGCGGUGGUCAUUCUCCGUUUGGGCAGUGGAAGGGCCUUGCAUCGGAUAAUGCAUUGGAAUUUGAGGUUGUUGUGGCCGACGGAUCCCUGGUCACUGCAAAUGCGUACCAGAACCAGGACCUUUUCUGGGCCUUGAGAGGAGGUGGUGGUGGAACUUUUGGCGUUGUCACUCGCGUCACCGUACGAACAUUCGAUGAUGCCCCGGUUGUCGCGUACAACUUCAACAUGACCACUGCAGGUGGUGAUCCCGCUUCUGGGAUGUCUUCGCUGAAUGGCAUUCUGCCCUCCCUGCUCUCAACGAUGGUGGCGGCUCCGGUUAUUACUUUGGCUUUCCGAAUUUACCUUGUUGCUGAGAUCGACGCCCUGUAUCAACCACUGGCUGCCAGGUUACAGCAGAUGGGUGGUGUCCAGGUUGUGAACCAGUCAAUUGCAUUUCCCACAAUCAGUUCGGCUCUCUUCAACUUGCUUAUCGGUGGAACGGCUGAUAGCACAGGCCGCACAUCGAUGCUCACAUCUCGGCUCUAUUCCAAAAGCCUCAUGAUGACGCGAGAGGGCCCUCGACGGUUAGCGAACGCCUUCAGGAGCAUCCGGUGGGAUGCUGGCUCUGAGUUCAUCGGCCACGUUGUUGCUGGUGGUGCCGUUGCUGCGAACGGGGAGAAGAUUGACAGUGCCGUCAAUCCCGCGUGGCGCAGGACUAUUUCGCAUAUGCUGUUCGCAAGGUCGUGGAAACCUGCCGAGACCACGCCAGCCCAGCAAAUGGCCAUCAUCAAGAACGUGACCGAAGUGGAAAUCCCCAUCCUCCGCUCCGUGGAAGGCGAAAAUCACAUGGGCGCCUACUUGAACGAGGCCAACGCAUACGAACCCGGCUUCCAGGCCGCAUUCUGGGGCUCCAAUUAUCCUCGGCUGUAUCGCAUCAAGCAAAAGUGGGAUCCCAAGGGACUUUUCAUUGCUCGCAAGGGAGUCGGUAGUGAAGAUUGGGAUGAUGCCGGCUUGUGUCGCGUGGGUCGCUAA